GGUGGGGUGUCCCUGUUUCUAUAAUUCUAUACCCCAAAACUCCAAAACUCCAAAACCAUUUUUUAUUUGUGAGUUGUUUCUCAUCUCUCUCUUUCUUUCUUAUCUCUCUCGGUGAACUCGAACAAAUUUAUUCUCAAAAGAAAAUCACAAAAAUGUCUUCUCCUACCAAACGCAGAGAGAUGGACUUGAUGAAGUUGAUGAUGAGUGAUUACAAAGUGGAGAUGAUCAAUGAUGGGAUGCAAGAAUUUUAUGUGCAUUUCCAUGGACCUGCUGACAGUCCAUACCAUGGAGGUGUGUGGAAGCUACGGGUUGAACUUCCAGAUGCUUAUCCUUAUAAAUCUCCAUCCAUUGGCUUUGUUAACAAAAUUUAUCAUCCAAAUGUGGAUGAAAUGUCUGGUUCAGUUUGCUUGGAUGUGAUUAAUCAGACAUGGAGCCCCAUGUUCGACUUGGUGAAUGUGUUUGAGGUGUUCCUUCCGCAACUUUUGUUGUACCCAAAUGCUUCUGAUCCAUUGAAUGGAGAGGCUGCAGCUCUUCUGAUGCGUGAUAAAUCUUCUUAUGAACAACGAGUCAAAGAGUACUGCGAGAAGUAUGCAAAGGCGGAAGAUAUAGGUGGUCUUCCGGAAGAACAAUCGAGUGAUGAGGAGCUGACUGAAGAUGAAUACGACUCGGGAGAUGAUGACAUGGCAGCGGGCCCCGUGGACCCAUAGUCUAACCCAAUUGAUUGAUUGGUUUAAGUUGUUGGUAUUUAUUUUGUACAUUAUGGUUUAGUUGUUCAAGUUGUGUUUGUAACGUUGUCGUAAAAAAGACCGGGAUGAAAAAUGAAAAUCCUAAUCCCACUGUCAUUUUCAUCUCAUGUACAUAAAUUUACUCGUUUUGUUCAUGUAUUGUGUGGGUAAUUUGUUUUAAUGUUUUAUAUAUG